AUGUCUGCGCCAGACCCCGGCGGCGCGGCGACGGAAACGCCAAAACCAAAACUAAAAAUCAACAUCAGCCGGUCCGCAUCCUUUGUCGGCGACGCAGCAGCAUCAGCAGCACCGGCAUCUGCGACGCCAGGCGACGGCCCACGCAAGGUGAAGCUCAAACUCACCUUGUCACAACCUCCAACUCCCGCCACAGACCAAGCACCACCCGCCAAAACAAAAGCCGGUCGUCAGACAAAGCCGAGCCAGAAGCUCGUCGAAAGCAGGAAACGACCGCACGACGACGUUGAGGACCUGCCACUGUCACAGACGGCAGGCAGCCAGGCCACCAAGAUCAAGAUUCGGCCGGGCGUCAAGUCGGCUCACACCCAGGUAGUGUUGAAGCCGCGAGGACGCCCGCCGGUCCACCCCCCCGGUGACGGGUACGAUUCCGAAGCGAGCGAUCGAGAGUUGGACCCGGCCAUUGAGGAGCAGUUUAUCCUGCGCAUGCUGCCCGGCGAGCACUGCGACUACGUACGCUGGUGCAUGGAGAAUGGCAAAAUGGGCAUUCCUCGAGCCCAGGGCGGUGCGGACAUCACCAUCAAGUUCUUCGACGAGGACACGCGACGGGCCAUCAUGACCGUCAAAGGCCAAUCCUUUGCCGCCGUCAUGGUGGACCUACCCACCAUCACCGAAUCCAUGAAGACGUGGGAUCGCAAGUCCUUCAUGAAGUCUGCAGAUAUUUGCCAGAUGCUGCUUGUAUUCCAGCAAGUUAAGAACGAAGAGGAGGCCAAGCGCGCACAACUACCCACCAUGAUCGACACCAACUUCAAAUGGCCGCACGGCGUCACGCCGCCGAUGCACGACUGCGUCAACCGCCGGUUUGCCAAGACCAUCAGCCGCAAGGAGAUUGAAGACAAGGAGGCCGAGGUGGAGAGACUGCUCGCGGAGGAUAGUAAGGCUAGCUCCACGAAGUGGGAAUGGGUAGAUGACCGCCACGACGAAGACGUGGAAAUGGGCGCCGACGAGGACGCCGAGGGCGAAGUGGACGACUCGAUGGGCUACUUUGGCAGUACGCAGAACGACGAGAUCUUUGGCGACGACAACGACCUCGAGGCUGAUUUGGAAGCUGCCUUUGCGGAUGACUUGGUGGCCGAGACGCCCGGCACGGCAAUGGACAUGACUACGCCCAUGACCACGCAGGUCGAGACGCCGGCGCCUGUUAUCCAAGAAAGCAUCGAGAAUGACGAGUCAGAGGAGGACGAGGACGACGAUGAUGAUGAUGACGACGACGACGACGAUCUGGAUGAGGAUCAGCGUGCUCAGAGAGACGAGGAGCAGGGCGUCAAGGAUAUCAUUCAUGACUUGGAGAAGCAGUUGGCUAGACGGGUGGCGGAUCUGGAAAAGACGCAGAACAAGAUUCUCCGAAUAAGAUUGGAGAAUCAGAUCAAGCAGUUGAAGUCGGAGAUUGAGUUGAAGAAGGGCUCCAUUGGCAUUGACGUUGACGACUAG